UGUGCACGCGCACGGAUGUAGCAAGACGCGGAGAGUUAGUGCAAGUGAACUACACUUUGUCGUGAAGUCCGUUAAAAACGUGUCGAUACACCGCACACUAGUUCGCUGCGGGCUCACGUAGCUAGUUAGCGAGAACUUUCCUCGUGUGGCUUUCCAGUGGGCUUCCUGUAGAUUUGUUCCCAGCGCUAGCUAGCUAACUAACUAGCCUAUCAUGUCUGAAUACAACGGCAAAUUCAGCGAGGACAACUGCACAGGAGGAGCAGGACAACCGCAACAGAUAUUGACGAGUGUGCAACCCAGAUGCAUUACUGCCAGUCCAACACCGUGUGUCUCAACCUGCCCGGAAGCCAUCGCUGUGACUGUCUGCCAGGCUUCCUCAGAGUGGACGAAUACUCCUGCACCGAGCAUGACGAAUGCGCCAGCGGCCAAAAUUUGUGUGAUGAGAACGCCAUCUGCACCAACACUAUCAGAGGACACCUGUGUACCUGCAAGCCGGGCUACGUGGGCAACGGCACCAUCUGCAGAGCUUUCUGUGAGGAAGGAUGCAGGAGCGGUGGGACCUGUGUGUCUCCCAACACGUGUGUCUGUCCCUCAGGAUUUACAGGGCGCCGCUGUGAGACAGAUAUUGACGAGUGUGCAGAGGGCCUGAUUGAGUGCCACAACCACUCCCGCUGUGUCAACCUGCCCGGCUGGUACCACUGUGAAUGCAGAAGUGGCUUCCAUGACAAUGGCUCCUACCUGCUUGAUGGGAGCUCCUGCAUUGACAACGAUGAGUGCAGUUUGCAGACACACACCUGCUGGAAUGACAGUGUGUGUGUGAACCUCCCGGGAGGCUACGACUGUGUGUGCACGUCUGGUCCGGGCUGCGGCGGCGACUGCCCACACGAAGAGGGAAUCAGACGCAACGGAGAGGACUGGAAACCCAGCUUUGACCGCUGUGCUAUAUGCUCCUGCAAGGACGGCCAGACGUACUGCAGGAGGAGACCCUGUGACUGCGGAGACCCAGACGAGGAUCUGUUCUGCUGUCCCGGCUGUGACAACAGGCCCAGCAGCCAGUGUCUGGACCAGAGCGGACGCACACUCUACCGCAGCGGAGCGUCCUGGAUGUACGGCUGCCAGCAGUGCCGCUGCAUGGAGGGGGAGGUGGACUGCUGGCCUCUGGUUUGCCCCGUGUUGAUGUGCGAGUACACGGCGGUGGCGGAGGGCGAGUGUUGCCCGCGCUGCGUCACAGACCCCUGCCUGGCUGACAACCUGUCGUAUGACAUCCGGCAGACGUGUCAGGACCCCGCAGGCGCCGCCCGCCUCAGCGGAGACACAUGGCAUAUGCCCAACUCCCCAUGUACCACCUGCAAGUGUAAGAAUGGGAAUGUUUGCUGCUCGGUGGAUCUCGACUGCCUUGAGAACAACUAAAGCUCUCCUCCUCCAGUCCUCCUCCUCCUCCUCCUCACUGCGGGACUGCCACACCCCCUCCUCCAUCUGAUGACUCUCCCUUUGGAUUCAUGAAACAGACUCACGCACACACAUGUGCAUGCCAGAGUGUGCACAGAAAAUCCAAACAUGCACUGGACAGACUGGGGUGUUGAGGCUGUGCUUUUAAUGCCGCAACUUGACCCAACAGUUAGAGCGUGAGUGUGUGUGUGAAGCCGUAGUUGCUCUCACCACAGUCACUGUGUCGUGUACGUGUCUUUGUGUUGUUUCCAUUUCACUGAAUGUGUUGAGGAAACCUGUUUUAACAUCACCAACCUCAAGACCGAGACAAGCAGCUGACUGUUGUCAUUUAGAAAAGGAUUUGCAGCUGGACAGGUGUUGAGGUGCUCCAGCUGUCUGUGUUGCAAAAUGUAGACUCACUAUUGCAAUGAGUGUCAUAAAACAUUUAUAAUUGUGGUAACCAAAAGUAAUGCACCCUCAUUUUACAUGAUGUUCCGUAAAGCAGGAUAUAGUUUGAUGUAGAAAUAACUUUGGAAAGUAACAAAAAUACCAUUAAGUCGGAUGGUGGUUCAGUUUUCAACUCCAGUUGCAACUUCUCUCACGGCAGUGACUUUUUGGUGUUAUAUCAGCAACUAUCUUGUACUUUCUCCCGUGAGAAAUACCUCACACGAACCUUUGAUAUCUCAAAGGUUCUCACUUUGUCGUUGUAAUAUGUGACGAUAUUUCAUCUUUAAUAAAAAAAAAUUCCGCGUACUACAUUCUCUGACCGAUGCAAAAAUCAGUAAAGCCAAGCAAAGCUAAUGUGGGAAAGAAGGACAUUUUAACUUAAUCUUAAUCUUUACUUGUAGUUAUUUCUGUGCAUUUACAUGUUCAGGGUUCUGUGGCUGAACAUGCAAACAAAUCAAGGGUGCAUAACUUUUCUUUACAUGCUGCAUAAAUGUUUUAUCAACCGCAUUCCUGUAUCUAUACCCAACAGCUGUCUGCUUCUCCCACUUCAGGGACUGGAUCCUGCAACGUCCAUUUGUCUUGACGUGUCUAAUAAGGCCUGUUCCGUUUUAAAGAGUCCUCUAAAUGUUACUAUGAAAUUCCCGAAUUUAGAGGACACAGCAAAUGAUUUCAUGGAUAUUAUCAUACUAUUUCUAGUUUUCACACAUAUUUAAACUUUUUGUUUACAUCUUGCUGGUGAAAUGAUUGACCCAAAAGUAACUGUUCUGACUGAUGCGUUUCGACCUAUGGCCUUUACCAAAGUCAGGGCCAAAGGCUGAAAUGCUUUGCUUUCAAAAUUAAGUUGUUCACAAGUCUUGCGGAAGCUCUGAUUUUUGACGAGCAGCGCCUGAACGCUAGUUUUGGUCUCUGUGAGGCUAGAUGAUGCCGCCACAAAAGGAGGUGCAGUCUCGAUGUGUCGGCGUGCUUUGAUUAAAAAAAAAAAAGUGCUUGUCGCAACAUCAAACAGUGUCUCAACAUUAGAGAAGGGGCGGCUGCAUAGGACAAUUUUUGUAACUUUCUGGAAGAGGCAAUCCGACAAGCACUCCCACUUCACUUGAAGCAAUGAUUGGCCAGGUGGGUGGAGAAGAGAAAACACGCACGGUUUCCUCUCUCUCAAGCUUGGUUGUCUGAAGGUUUGCGCCGUUAUCCCCGUUUGUACAAUCCAUUGCGUCUUGCCCCCCUCUCUAAGAUGGCAGACCUGUUCUGAACGGAGGAUGGCUGUAGUUUAUUUCAAACAUAACCCAUCCUUCAGUCUUCAGUUCCUUUAAUAACCUUCCUUCAUGAGCUACAUCCUCAGAGGAUCCAGGCUCUGAAUUAGGAUAUAUUUGUUGUCUGUCCUGCUGAGCCAUUAACACGUCUUUCUCCCAACACUUUCCCCUCAUCCUCAGUGUCUCCUCUGUGAUGUGGCUGACUGCCAGAUAGCUAGUUAUAACAAGUCGUGAUAUCAAAAGAAUAUGAAAGUAGUGGAAGCAGUUUGAUGGUGCACAACAGAUUCCUGCAGGCCAGAACAAGAACCUCGAGUCAAGUCCCAAGUUUCUUUAUUUGUCUCCCUUGGGAGAAAUUAGUGUUGGACAAGAGCAAGUUGCUGCAUGGACAAUA